AUGUCGUGGCACGACCGUCAUGCACUUGAAGAGGAAUGGAGUCAGUUUCAAACAUUCUCAGUAGAAAUUCUCGAGAUUCCAACAGCUUCGAUCCUGCAGGUCGAUCAUCGUCUUAUCGGUCAUACGGGUCUCGGUGGUCAGAAUUUGAGGUGGGAUGAAGAAAACAGAUUGGUGAUCGCUUUCUUGAGCAAUGGUUUGAAGGGAGGUCUUGGCGAUCGUGCCAGGACCUACGUCCGUCUGGUGGAAACCAUUUACGACUGUCUACCGAAAGCUACCGAAACAUCUGAAUGUGAUAAAUCGACGAAAAAUAUGACUAUUGAUCAGAAUCGUAUGGUGUCAGCACGAGCUUCGAUACGAACGUCAUGA